CCGGAAGCGAUCGCCAGGAGUUCCCGCGAUCGUCCAGCUGGCUUUCGUCGUCUGCUUCUUGUCUGGGCUUAUCGUCCCACGGUGUAAGGCGGCUCGCUUCUAUUUCUCUUGCUCCGAAGCGUGCCCCUGGGCUUGAUGAUCAUUCAUCUCGUGAAACGCGUCUCGCAGGAAUGAAGAUGGAAGUCGAAGUGCGUGUGUUGACCCUCAACUGUUGGGGCAUUGUUGGUAUCAGCAAGCACCGUGUCGAACGCAUGACGGCCAUCGCGAAUUACCUGGCAACAACAGAGUACGACUUCGUGUUUCUUCAAGAGGUCUGGAGCCAGGAGGAUUUCAAGCGCAUCCGCAAAAAGGCCAAGCACAACCUUCCCUAUGGUCACUACUUCUUCAGCGGUGUCUUGGGCAGUGGCGUCUGCUUGUUGUCCAAGAGCCCCAUCGUCGACACGGGCCUGCUCAAGUACAACCUGAAUGGCUAUGCGCACAAGAUCUUCCACGGCGACUGGUUCGGCGGCAAGGUGGUCGGCCUGUGCAAAGUGCGCCACCGGGGGCUGCACGUCAACCUCUACGUCACGCACCUCCAUGCAGAGUACAACCGCAACUACGACACCUACCUGUCUCACCGCAUCUGCCAGUCGUUUGAGCUGAGCCAGUACGUGAAGCACACGAGCGCCACCUGCGACCUGGCCAUUGUGGCGGGCGACUUCAACACCGAGCCCCUGGACCCGCCCUACAACAUCAUCCUCUACAACUCGGACCUGGUGGAUGCGUACGUGGACCAGGAGAAGUACAACAGGGAGAGCAUGUGUGUUGGCGCGACGUGUGGCCACCCCGACAACAAGUACACCACGUCGUACGAGAAGAGCACCUGCCCGACAGGAAAACGGAUAGAUUACGUCAUGUACAAGGUCGGCCGAGGCGUCACCGUCACGACCAAGUCUUGCACGACGUUGAAGUUGAAGACGCCCUCUGGACUGCCCUUCUCGGACCACGAACCCGUCGAGGUGGUGAUGCGGGUCAACAAGUCCAGCGAAUUGGCAACGGCAGCGGCAUCGACCACAAUCUCGUCGUUGGUGGCGCCGCUGCUGGGCAUACCGAAUGCCAGCGGUGCGGCCAGCGCGGAGCGCUCGGGCCUCAAUUCUCCGGCCACGCCCGGCCUGCUGGAUGCCCUGCAUCGUGGCCAGGAGCAGCUGCAGCAGAGUAUGGAUGGACUGCACCUGGACCGCAUCUUCUACAUCGUGGCUGCCUGCUUCAUGGCCUGCAUUUUGGCUGCCACUGUGCCCCUGCACCUGCCACAGAUCUACCACUGGAUCCUGGUGCUGAGCCGCACGAUUGCCGCCAUGCUGCUGGGCUUCUGCCUGAUCAUGGCGUUCUUCUGGACCGCCAUGGAGAAGAGCUCGUUGAUGGAGGCGCGCAAGUCCAUGCGCCUGUUGUGGAAGGCGCACGCCGCCAAUGGCGACUUCACCGCAAGCGUGACGCCUGUCUCGCGCGGGUCCAUUCCCUGCGAGCCUCUGCUGGAGCUGCAAGGGGACCAAAGAGUCUGACAAGAACUGCCCGCCACAGCGCUGGCCUUUGCAAUGCCAGGAACAGUGGCAGCGGUGCACCAAGGACCAACAUAUGUGUGACUGCAAAAGAAACGCUCGUGCCUUGAUAGUCCCGCGCUACUGUCGGCAGUGAGCGUUGGCAAGCCGGCAUAAACGUGACCUUUGAUCUUAGGUUCAUGCUGAUGUGUCGGAGGUCACUGUACUGUAAAUGUUUAGUAUCGCAGCGUAGUGUACAUUCCCGUUAUGACGAGUUUGGCGGUGUUUCAAUGUGUGUUCUGGAAACACGGAGACGACUAGGUGUCGCAAACUUUGGAAAAGCCAUUUCUCGCUUGACGCGCCUUGUCUUUUCGGUGAAGGAGCGUGUUAUGCAGAGCGCAGCGGUUCAGCUUCGCAAGAUUGCUCAAGCGACACAUCCCACUAAUUUUUGGGACCACGGGUUUUUCGCUUGAUUUUUGUUUAUCGACACGUAAUUUGCGCAUAGCACAAUUGGGGAGUCUCGUGGCUUGCCAAGCCUGUGCGCCCGGCUUCUUAUUUCGUCUCGACUAAUUUUGGCGAGUGUACUGUUCGUGAGAGUAGUCAAAAGUCUGAUAGCAUCCGCCCCGAGUUCAUUGACCUUGCAUGUCUUAAUUGGCCUUCCGUUAGACCCGUUUGUUCGUUGGGGCUUAUGUACUGCACAAUGCGUCGGCUCAUUUUUGUCUCUAAUACAACUUUUACCGUGCCGAAACUUGGCCCCCCGCUUCCACUUCUUGGUGCUUUUUAUGGCACCGUUGAUUUUCUGUGCUGUUCAAGUCACAGUUCACAUUUGUGCGCAAAUAGCUACGUCAUUCCUGUAGACAAAGCGAACGUCGCACCAAAUAGGCCUAACCAUUUCAAUUUUUACGCAGCACUGGUGGCACCAUGGUGAGCGUAAAACCACCAACGCUGCUUGAUCAUAGUAGUCUCUAGGGUUUAUAGCUUCGUCGUCGAAUGUUUGCAUGUAAUUUUGCGCGUUACUUAAAUCGCAACGGAACGAGAUAGUGUACAGUGUGAUGUAGGCUGUUCUCACGAUAGCGUUAUUCCUCAUCAUUGUUAAGCUGAUAGUUCACUGUGGCGCGGAUCGUGAAUGAAUGCCAAGUUUUCUAUUUUCACAGAGACAAUUUUUUUUUAUACCUCAAUGUGCUCAAUUGCGUAUCAUGUCCUCUAGCUCAUGGCGUUAAACAAAUCUGAAUGAAGAUUUAAAUGUGAGACAACACUAUUUAGGAGUGGCUGUACUGUUUUUUGUGUUGAAGAGGAAAGUUGAGAAGUUGCAUGUUGAAGACGAGUGCUGUUUCUGAGAUUGAUGUGAUUGUAGAAUUGACAAGCUCUGAAUGACGUGCUCAUCAGCGCAUCGUGUCAAGCACCGAACGAUGACACGACUUGAGACAGUGUGUCCAAGUGAUUUGUUGUGAUGCGCGAUUAACCAAGACAACACCCCAUGUGGGUAUUUCCGCCUAACCCAUAUUUUUUUCUUUAUUGCACUGAAUAAGAGAUUUCAUCAUGAGAUUAAAGUCAUCUAUAAAUCAGUGACGGCGUAAACUUGUUAGCUUUACAAUGUACAUGUGCACAUUUAAUGCACUAGCAUCCACGGGACAACGGUGAUGUAGUAGUAGUAUUGUGGGAAAUGAAUUGCAGUAGUAAGGAUGUUUAAUGUGCGUUCUGCAGUUUUAAUGCGUUAUUGCAGCAAUUGCGAAAAGCACACCACUUCAGCACAGGUCAUAUGUGAGAUGAGUGAUGAAAACUUGUAUUUAAUUAAUUUGCUCAUUGAGUGCUGCGCGAAUUGGAAGAAACAGUCAGUCUUGUAAGGCAUACAGCACAUUUAAAUCUUUUCAGUCAUGUGACUGAAUAUCAAAUGCAUCUUAAUUGUGAAAGUUCAAGGCCAAAGACAGGCUGAUUGAUCAAACCUAGUCCAUUACCUGAAUCUUUAGUUCUGAAAUAAAGGUUUCAGAUGUACAAAGUGUAAAGUCAUUGAGGUUAUGUUUAUAGAUAUGCACAGUAAGACUGCGAGGAUUAUAAUUAGUGAUGCAUUUUAGUAUUAAAUGCGGUAAUGUGCGCUAUGAAGCGUUGCUUGCAAGAUGUGAAUCCAUUUUGUCUGAACUUUCAAUGUCCCAGAGACCAGCAAGUUUGGUUAAGGAAACUGCCGCAGUGUUUGUGCAUUUCUCUUCUUUCAAUGCUUUGAGGGUGUUCGGAGUAUUGGGAUUACGUGAUGUGGUGCUGGUAGCGGUUGGCAAGCUCUGUAAACAUAGUGUCCUGUAUAGUUGCAGAUUCGACUUCUAAACUUCCAGAGGUCCAGGGAAAGGCUUCCAAGUAGUGUGCCAGUGUUCACAGAGUUCACUCCUUCGUGGAAAUGAAAUGUUUAUAUUGAAAUGUGGGCUCAAGGAAUGUGCAAUGACGUGCAACUGUCCGUGUUGAAAUGGCAUGGCUGUUUCUCGUUUAAAAUUUCGUCGACCGAGAGGAAAGACGCCCAACACUGUUAGAGUUCCUAAGCCGCCAGUGUAUUUCUACCACUGAAAGUGUGGGUGUUUUUUGUCUCCUAAGCUUAAUGAUUAAGCUACGGGUUUGUCAUUAAAGGGUUCACACUA